UGUCUCUGCGUGUGUCUCAGGGCUGUCUGUGAGCAGCAGCUGCCCCACUUCGGUGAAGCGCCGAGCCCUGGUUGACACCAACCGGAGAGACGCCGCUCCCGGCAAAGUCUCCGUCGGCAGCGGCAAGGGCCGCGGUGAUGUUGGUGGUGGUGGUGUUGGUGGUGACGGUGACGGUGGUGGUGGCGGUGGUGGUGCCAUCAUCGGCAAGGUGGUCACGGCAGCCGCCGGGGCGGUUGACGGAGCGUCGGCAUCGCGAGCACGCAGCCACGUCGACGCCAAGCCCCGUGUGGAGCCACUACCUCCAGCGGCAUUUGCUGAGGAGGAUUUCCCAGACAUCGAGACAAUGAUAGCCUGGAGCCCUCUUGACGACGACUGCUGGCUGGGAGUUCCCAAGGAGCACAGCCUCGGCCGCCUGUGUCUCUCUGGCCUGGGCAAGCCGGCCGCUCACGGCAACAGCCGCCACAACACCACCACCAACAACAACAACAACCGCCACAACAACAACGACAGCGAUCUUCACUGGGCUGAGCGCAACACCAGCAACCCCUACGACACCACCUACACCACCUACCCCACCUACCCCACCUACCCCACCUACCCCACCUACCCCACCUACCCCACCGCCUACCCCACCUACCCCGCCACCUCCUACUCCUCCUCCUUCUGCCUUGGCGAUCGCUGGCUCGACUCUGAGCUGUGGCUUCCAUCCCUGGACAUGCCCGGCUCUCCAUCACCUCCACUCCCUCCACUCCCUCCUCCCCCGUCUCCGUGAUCCGUCAACCCCUCCCCCCUGGCUUUUAAAACUCCCUACCCACCUCCUCUUCCCACUCAACCUCCUACACC